GGCGGGUCCCCGGCCACGGGGGGGGCUGCCCGGCCGGGGAUGUGAAUGGCGCUGGGGGUGCUCGGCGGGACCGACAUGGAGUGGGAGAAGACGCCGCGGCGGCCCGGGGAGGGCGAAGGAGAGGCGGCGGGGCCCUGGCCGGGCUGCGGGCGGCUGCGGCCCUCCUCGUACCGGGCGCUGCGCAGCGCCGUCUCCACCCUGGCGCGCAUCGACGACUUCUACUGCGAGAAGAUCGGGGCCGGCUUCUUCUCCGAGGUCUUCAAGGUGCGGCACCGCCAGUCGGGGCAGAUCAUGGUGCUGAAGAUGAACAAGCUGAUCAGCAACCGAGCCAACAUGCUGCGGGAGGUGCAACUGAUGAACCGUCUCUCGCACCCCAACAUCCUCAGGUUGAUGGGGGUGUGCGUGCACCAGGGACAGCUGCAUGCGCUGACGGAGUACAUCAACGGUGGGAACCUGGAGCAGCUGCUGGACAGCGCUGUGCCCCUCUCCUGGUCCAUACGUGUCAAGCUGGCCCUCGACAUUGCCUGUGGCCUGCGCUACCUGCACUCCAAGGGCAUCUUCCACCGUGACCUCACCUCCAAGAACUGCCUGGUGCGCUGCGAGGCCAAUGGCUACACGGCUGUAGUGGGUGACUUUGGCUUGGCGGAGAAGAUCCCCACCUACAGUGAGGACAGCGAGAAGGAGCCUCUGGCUGUGGUGGGCUCCCCAUACUGGAUGGCACCUGAGGUGCUGCGAGGGGAGAUCUACAAUGAGAAGGCCGAUGUGUUCGCGUACGGCAUCAUCCUGUGCGAGACCAUCGCUCGUAUCCCCGCUGACCCUGACUACCUGCCCCGCACCGAGAAUUUUGGUCUGGAUGUCGCCACUUUCUGCACCAUGGUGGGAAUCGACUGCCCGGCGGCCUUCCUCCAGCUCGCUUUCCACUGCUGCAGUAUGGAGCCCACCUCCCGCCCCUCAUUCCUGGAAAUCACACAGUGCCUGGAGGGCAUCCUGCAGCACCAGCCAGGCGCCGAGGGCACCGGGGCCACCCUCUCCUGCAGCGGGGAGAGCCUGCCUACGCCUGGGACGGCGGGCACACUCAACGGUAUGUGGGCACCCUGGGGACAGGCCACAGUGGGGUGCAAGGAGCGGGGAUGCGGGUUGUCCCAUCCUACCCCGGCAGCUGUAGUGGAAGGAGACAGGGGUUGCAUGAGGUCUGCAGGAUGGAGCCAGUCCCUGUUCCCCCCUCGGGGUGCUCCCCUGGGUUGUUGGGCGCCUGGCACCCUGUGGCACCCCACGCCGGCAGCUGGUGACCCACUUCUGUGCCCGUGCCCAGGGGUAGCCGGGAGGGCGGCCGGCCGCGCCGAGCAGUCGCCCCUGCGCGAGCUGGGGACGCAGCACCUACAGCCAGACCAGCGCCUGUCUCGCAGCCAGUCCGACAUGUUCUCCCCGAAAUCGCCCACGCUGCUGCAGCCGCCGGAGCCCUGUGGCGAGGCCAGGACCAAGGAGACGUCCCCCCGCGUCAAUCCCUUCUCCCAGCGCGAGGACCUGAAGGGAGGGAAGAUCAAGCUCUUCGACACACCAAGCAAGUCGGUCAUCUCGCUUACCUUCGACCUGCCGCCUCCCGCCCCACUCCAGCUCAGUACCCCCGUGACGCCCGAUCCCGCCGUGGAGGUGCAGUGUGACUUCUCGGCCCCCACUGCCACCCCCCGCAGGUGCCACUCGCUGCCUGCCUCCCCCGAGCUGCCCCACCGGGGGGGCCUGGCGCUGGGCGUGGGGUCCCCCUGUCCUAAUGACAGCCCACAGCCCCCAGCCCUCCUUCCUCCCCCAGCCUGGGGACGAGCCCCCCCCCUCUGCCCCAGGGUGGAGGAGCAGACGGACCGCGGCCCCGAGAGCCCCGAGCCGCCGCAGCCCCCUCCGCCACCCCCCAACAGCAACUUCAUCCGCACAGCAUCCUCGGGCGCCCAAACCUGGCAGCCGGAGCCGCAAGCCCCCAGCGGGCUCUUUUUCAACAACAACCACGUGGUGGUCAGCAAACCCCUGGCUUGGGGCAGCGGGCUGGAGCACGGCUUCUCCGAGCUUAGCAUCCCCAGCACGGUGGCACUGGAGCAGACGGAGCGUGCGGCCAUGCUGCCCGGGCACAGCUCCGGCACCGUGCUGGAGCAGGACGAGGUGCUGCCCUGCCCCGGCUGCUGCCUGGGUCCCUUCAGCUUCGCCUCCGUCUGCCACCGGCCGGCACCCAGCCCGCCCCACUACCAGAACCUCAACUGCGAAGCCAAGAGCCUCCUCUGCCACGACCGGGGCCGCCACCAGAAAGCCCCAGGGCCGGUGCUGGCGGAGCCCAGCCUGAAGCUGCCGGAGGCGCAGUCCUAGUGCCGGGGACCCCCGGGGAGAGGGGCCGCAUCGGGCCGCCCCUCGGACCCUUCCGCAGCCACAGUGUGGGGCGGGUGUCGGAGCCUGGCGCGUCCCCACGGUCUGUCCUUGCUCUCUCCGUGCUUGGUGGCCACCAGUGGCCGUGGUGCCCCGUGCUGUGGCUGCCACGGCGCUGCUCAGGCGCUCGGGCACACGUCCCUCCAGGAUUGGCCUCGGGGGUCUGCGGGGAGCCCUGGGGGCGGGCUGGGUCCCUGCUGGGGACUGAAGUGCAAUAACACCCCUGCCCCAAGUGAGCUCCAGCGCUGGCCCGGGCGGCAGGGCUGGUCCCCCGCGGAGCCCCCGGGGCUCAAACCCUGGAUGCAGGACCCCACUUCCCCGAGGGCUCACCCCUCUCUGGGCUCUCACAGAGGGGUGUGCAAAGAGCCUGCUCCCCUGGGAGAACCAGGAGACCCCCACAGCCCCCCAGGCUGGGGGGUGAGCGGGGCCGGGCUAGGGGCAGAGGGGUCAGCGUGUGUAUGUGUGUGUUGAGGGACCCUGUGGGGCUGGUGGGUAUCCCCAUGUGUCCCCACAAGUGUGGGGAGCACAGCUGGCCCCUGACACAGGGAGGGGCGUGUAGGGAGCCAGGAGAGGGGUGAUGCCCAUGCAGCAGUGCAGGGGGAGGAUUGCCAGUGCUGGGGUUGCCCCUGCCUGCCCAACGCUGAGGGCUGGGUGCUGAGUCACAUCCCCCGACACAUGGGGUUGGCAGUGGGGUGCUGGCCAAAGGAGUGGGUGCCAUCCUGGCACCAGGGGAAGGGGCCAGUGGGCAGCACAGAUGGGCUGCCCAGCCCCUGGCAAGGGUGGGAGCCGGCUUUCCUCCCUCCUGCACAAUGCACUGGUGAAUGCAGAACUCUUGUGUUUUUUAUUAUUAAUAAUAAUAAUUGCUAGUAAUAUAUACCCAGCUUAUUUAAAGUGUUCAAUAAAAACUGAAUGUCCCAGCAA